GCUUCAUUACAGAGAAAAAAAAAAAAAAAAAAAAGAAAGAAAAGAAGAAGAGAGAGAAUCAAGAAAAUGGCUCCUUUGCCAAAGAAGACCAUAAUGCAUUUCAUUCAUCCUGGCCAUCAAUUAACAGCAAUCGAUGGCCACGAUCAACAGUAUCGUUGUGAUGGGUGUAAAACUCUUGGAACCGGAAAAAGAUUCCGAUGCCACGGAUGUGAUUUCGACUUGCACGACUACUGUGGAACAUGCCCCGAAACCCUCUCUUCAACCAUGCACCAACACCCUCUCAGCCUGGUAAUCCGAAAGGCACAAAGCGCACGCCAAAUUGCUCGUGUCUGCGACCUGUGUUCCGAACCUGUUGAGGGCCUGUUCUACAGGUGCAAGGAAUGUGAGUUUGAUGUGCAUCCACUCUGCACACAAUUUCCAAACCAAUUGCAGCACGCCCUCCACAAAAUCCACCAGUUGACACUGGAAUCCAACUCUUUGCCUGGAUUCUGUGCUGUCUGUAAAAAUUUGUGCAAGGGAUGGCGUUACAGGUGCCGGGCUUGUCAUUUUGACAUACACCUGGAAUGCAUAUUAGUACCUAUUGUGCAGUGCCCAGAAAAGCCCCCAAAGAAUGCGCAAACUGGUCAGCGUGGAAUCCCCAUGUUUGAUCAAGGCAUUCCUUUUCGGCCCCCACCGCAAUACAGUGGUUAUUAUGCCCAUGGCCAUGGAUUCCCCUAUGGCCAUGGCCCUGUCCCUAACAUGUACUAUGGUCAGAUGUAUGGGCAUCCGGUGUAUCCCAACAAUUUUGUGCAGCAGAAUCAAGCGGCGGCGGGUGCUGCUGCAAAUAGUCAAGGUGGUAAGCGUUUGGGGCAGACGGUGUUUUCUCUUGUUGGACAGCUUGGAUUCGGAGUGUUAUCUAAUAUGAUAUUUGGAGUGGAUUUAACUUCUGUUUUUGCUUAACGUUCUUGUUGCAUUUACCAUGCUUUUGCUUUGAGCUUUCCUUCAAUUCUAAUCAACUGUUGAUAUGUUAAAUAAAUAUAUUUCAGUCAUUUCA